AUUCACGAAAGAGACUGACAUACAAUGCUGAGCGGAGCACACAGUUUGCUCUUAUCGUCAGUAAUCAUUCUCGGUACUCUACUUCCAAUGGUAUCCUCAGCAAUCCUAGUUAAAUGGUUUUUAUGUCGGUUGGGAUUUCAAGCAUUUUGCAAUAUAAGCAGAACACUGACUGAUGCGACGAGAGAUGAAAUUGGAGGGCGAGUAUUAUCGGCACUAAAUAGGGGAGGAGGAGGAGCAGGAGGAGCAGCAAAACAUACAUAAGCACAGUCCUUAGUCAUUGAAUUGGAUAGUGACGGGUUAAUAAAAACUGGAAAAUUCUGAUAUGAUAACUACAAUAAGUGUACUGAAGUCUCAUUUCUUUCGUUGUUUUUUCUAUUACAAACAGUUCCGCAAACAGUGAAUACGAAAACACUUAACUGUAGUAAACUUUUGAUUAUGUAUAAUUAAUAAACGCUUCAUUACAACAAAUCUUAUUUUACUGAGUAAUUCACCAAACAUCUAGUUCUUUUUAUGAAUUUUGAGAAAAC